AUGAAGCUGUAUAAAUUGAUAGUUCAUCAAAAAACUUUUAGUGAGGAAGAUUUAAUAAUCAACCCAAAAGAUCAUCCUAAUAUAAAAACUGGAGAUGUUGUUGAAAUUUAUCAUCCAGAAGAUGAAUUUAGUCGUCUACUUCUUCAAGUUACAUCCUUUAAAGAAGAUUUGCAAGGAAGGGAGACAAUUAGUGUGGAAAACAAUGUAGCCACAAUGUUUCAAUUAAGAACAUUUGCAGAUGUUUAUAUGAAUGUUGUUAAUCCAGAUAAUGUAGCUUUGGAUUCUGUUGAGCUUACGUUUAAAGAUCAAUAUUUGGGUCGUAGUGAAAUGUGGCGUUUGAAAAAUAGCUUGGUGAAUACUUGUGUAUAUAUGAAUAAGAAGAUUGAAUUCUGUGGAGGUAGUAUAAGGUGUCAAGUAUAUGAAAUGUGGUCACAAGGCGAUAGAGUUGCCUGUGGUGUGAUAACUAAUGAUACUAAGGUUGUGUUUCGCUCUUCAACAAGUAUGGUAUAUCUUUUUAUUCAAAUGAGUUCAGAAAUGUGGGAUUUUGACAUUCAUGGUGACUUAUAUUUUGAAAAAGCUGUUAAUGGAUUUUUAGCUGAUUUAUUUCAAAAAUGGAGGAAAAAUGGUAGUAAUCAUGAAGUAACAAUAGUUCUAUUCUCGAGAACAUUUUAUAAUGCCAACAGUCUGGAAGAAUUUCCAAAUCAUAUGCGUGAAUGUUUACAACAUGAUUAUAGAGGAAGAUUUUAUGAAGAUUUCUAUAGAGUGGUAGUUCAAAAUGAAAGAUUUGAAGAUUGGAGUAACGUGUUGGUGCAAUUACGUAAACUAUUUACAGAUUAUCAGAAAAUUGUAUUAGAAUAUCAUCAAAAACCAGAUGUUUCUAUACCAAAAGCAAUGAAUUCAACAGCUGCACAAGGCAAUUUUUUAGAAGUUCUAAAUAUGUCUCUAAAUGUGUUUGAGAAACACUAUUUGGAUCGUAGUUUUGAUAGAACUGGUCAAUUAUCAGUAGUAAUUACACCUGGUGUAGGUGUUUUUGAAGUUGAUAGAGAGUUAACAAAUGUUACAAAACAAAGAAUCAUUGAUAACGGAGUUGGUAGUGAUUUGGUAUGUGUUGGAGAACAACCAUUACAUGCAGUUCCUUUAUUAAAGUUUCAUAACAAAGAUACAUCCAUCAAUGCACCUGAUGACUAUAGCAUGCCACAUUGGAUCAAUCUCAGUUUUUACUCCACAAAUAAAAAAAUUCCUUAUUCAACAUUUAUACCGCGUAUAAAACUUCCUCAACGGGUAUCGAAACAAUCGAUGGAAAAUGGAAAAUUGCAAUGUAAAAGUAAACUUUUGCAAGAAGAUCCGAACGAAUGUUUACAUAAUACUUUGUUUGACUAUGAUGCAUAUGAUGCACAGGUUUUUCAACUACCUUCAGUCCAUACAUCAAGUUUGCAACGAGUUACAACAAGGACUAAAAAAACAAGUGUUGCUAGCAUGGAAACACAUAAUAACGCACAUAUAUUAAAACUUUUGAAAAGAAAAAUGUCAGAUCCUGAUAUACAUCACCCACCACCAGAAUCUCAUUCACCUCCAGCUGCAACAAGAAGUGCAGCAAUCUCAAUACCUUCCAGAACAGAUGAUAUAGCUAGCAGUGAAUCCAAUGAAGAAGUUAAUGAAUCGAGGAUAUCAGUAAAAAGUGAUUUAACCGAUUCGGAAAUAUCACCGCCAUUUAGGCCGGUUGUUGGUAGUGCUGGGAGCCCUACAAAUACAAUAUCUCAACCUACAACUAUUAGACCUAGUAGAGCUCUUAUUAAUCCUUUUGAUCCAUCCCAUGUUACAAUUAAAUUAACUAGUAAUAGACGGAGAUGGACACAUAUUUUUCCCAAAGGACCAACAGGUGUGCUUAUACAGCAACACCACUAUCAAGCUGUGCCAACAAAAAUGUGUUCAGAAUCACAAUCUGAUGCUACUUCCACUAUAAGUGGUUCCCCUAUGGAACAUGACAUCUCUAACUCAAAUCAAUUUCAAGAUCACACAAAAAAUAAACCACUAAGAUUAAAUCUUUCAUUAUCAAGUGCUGAUAAAAGUGGGAAUCCAAUAUCUUCUACAGGCAAUAAAUCUUUAACAUUAUUAUGGGGUGCUACUGGUGAACAGGAAUGGACACCAGCACUUACAACAGGGUUUCCAAUUAAUUAUUUUACCACAAAAUAAUAAAAAUCAAAGCAAUACACCUGGUAGUAGUGCUGUCCCUGCGAUAAGUUCUGUAAUGCGGGGACGUCAAACAGAAUCUGAACCUAAAGAGGAAUAUUUACUAAGUAUUGGCAGAAUAUUUCACAAAAUAUCCUUGUUCGAUAAUUGCAUAACAGUAACAAGAUAUCGACCAAGGCAUCCCUAUCCUCCAUUUAAUAUUCAUUAUCUCUAUCGAUUUCAUGCACCUCAUCAUGAUACAUAUGAAGUAUCAUGGGUAUCUUUUACAACAGAGAAACUUGAAAAUUAUAAUUGGAAUUAUUUAGAUCAUUAUAUUUGUACUAGGGGCCAUACUGAUUUUGCUUUAGUAGAGGCACUUAAAUACUGGAGAUUUCGCGUGUUUUUACUUCCUUUACACAAUUCAGCGACUCGAAAAUUUUUAGAGGGAUCAUCAAGAUGUGAUAUAUAUACACCUCUCACUACUUCUGAACAAGUUUUUCUUUUGGAUGGCUUUUUACGGUUCAUCGAGCUGUGGCCAAAUAAAAUACGACGCCCGAAUCCGAACAAAAAUUGGAAUCCUUCAACUCUAGGUGGUGUUUCCCAGAGAGAUCCUGCCUCUCAUUUGACCAGACGCAGGCACAGCACGAGCCUGAUUGUCCUCACUAACCAGGUAUAUCCUCCCAGGUAUAUCCUGUACGCUGAUCCAGGUGUCAAUGAAUUACCCAUACUCUUCAUCAUGCUUUUCAGACCAAUCUAGUCGGCAAUUCUCCCUUCAGGGAGCGACUCGGAAGCAAUCGUCUACCAGAGAAACCGAGACCAAGAUCAGGUUCCAAAGUGAUGGAUAGGGGUCGAAUCUCACCCGCCAGUGAGGCUGUGCUACCACUUUCGCUUGAUCAGCAACAAGAUCAUUUUGAUUCUAAUGAAGAUAGUACAAACUUGGAAUUGAUGAAAUUAAAAAACACUGCUUCAAAUAACGAGAUUUUGGAGACAAUGAAACAUCCACAAAAUGGUGUGGGAUUCCUUACACAACAUCCAUCUCUUCCAAGCCAAACAUUUGUUAGUGCAGAUGCAGUGCAAUGGUUAAAUAAUCACAUAGAAGGAGGAGUAACAGUGGAGAAUGCCAUCAAUAUCAUGAAUGGUAUGAUACAAGACAAGCUCAUAUGCCAUGCAUCUGGAGAUUUUUCUAAACCAUUUAUUCUAGGAUUUUAUUUAUAUCAUAUAGUACAAGAUAAAGAAAAUCAAAGAGCUGGAGAUUAUUUUUCACCCUUGGGUGAUUUGCAAAGCUUUGAAAACGAAUGGGUAGAAGUUGAAAUAAAAGCUCCUAAAGGUUGGUGCGAACCUUCUUCGCCAGGAUCAUUCCCUCUGAUGUCAUCUCCGAUGACUAUAUCUAGUUGCGAUACUGUAGACGAAUCAAAUGUAGCACCAUUUCUUAAAGAUGAUUUAGACAUAUCUGACAUUGUGAAUGAUAAAGAGUGGCAAGUUCCACCAUAUAAACAUACGCAUUUAGAUAUAGAUAUAAACAAUAGGAGCGAUAGAAUUGAAUGGGGACAUUUAAGAUAUCAAUCUACAUACAAAGUAGAUCACUCUUACGAAUUAGUAGUGCAAUGGGUUGCAUCAUCUGGUAGUAUAGUUGCUGAUCUUAUAUUUGUGUGGCAACGUAAAGCUCAAAUGUGCGGAAUUCAAAUGGUACCUAUUCCUAGUGAUUUGCUAGCAUUACCAUUCACUUUGAGAAGUGAUCCUUUAAGAGGGCCUAUUUUUAUACCAUUAAAUAUAGAAUGUCUUAUGGCGAAUAAACGACAUCUUUUUGAAGAAUUUCGAGAAGAAACUUACGUACGAAGACUUUUUCUUUUCCAAGAGACAAUUGUACAAAGAUUUGGCUUUGUUCCAUGCCUAAUAGAAAGUACUGAAAAUGAUCACCAAUAUGUUCAUAUGACUGGCAAUGCAUUUAUAUUAAUUCCUUCUACAACAAAUACAAGAUCACGUCCUCGGACUGCUACUAACAUCGUGAGACGAAACACAGGACAGAAAGGAUAUCCAAUUCAUUCCGAUCAACCUAGCCCUCAUGAAGCUUACAUUACGAGACAUGUUAGUGGGAAGAACAAAGAUGAUUACAACAAAGAUAAGAGAAUUGGUUUUCUUUGGUCAUGGAAUCACAUGCUUAGUCGAAAAUGGAAAUCAUCAUCCACAUUAGCUGGCGAUGAAUUAUUUCAGAAAAAGCUUAUACAAGACUUUAGGCAUUUUUGUUCAAACGGAGACAAUAGAUUGAAACAGUUUUGGGAAUCUUGUUGGGAGAUAAAAGAAAAAUCAUGUACGAAAACAAUCUGAAGGAUCGACAACGUAAAAAUUAUUUUAUAAGCUCAUAUUUCAAUAAUAGUAUUUAGAAAAUUUAAUUUUGCUAUUAUUAAAAAAAGUAUCUCGAUUUAAACGGGUAAGAAAUCCUUUUAAAUUAAAUGCAACAUGUACUUGUGAUACGAUUAUUAUUCUGGUAAUGAAAGUAUAUACAAAAUUAAAGAUAUAUUUUGACGCUUAAAAAAUAAUGUAAAUGGACUCAAAGCAAUGUUUGUUUCAAGUUUAUUUAGUUUGCAUAAGGCAUCUAUUGUCAUAAUAAAUUUAUAAUUUUUGUUACUAAUAUUUAUGCACUUGCAAGAAAAAGAAAAUGAAGCCAUAUUGAUAUAAAAUAAUUUGUGUUUUUACUGAACUGAACAUUUUUACAAAUAUUAUUAUAUUAACAAAACUGUCAAAUUUAUUUAAUUUUUUUAUAUUUUAGUUCCAAUUUCGAAAAAUAUUAAGAUUACAUUAA